UAGUCUCUUCACAUACCAGGUUUUACUGGAUUGCGACAGUAUGACGUUAGUCAGUCCUGGAUGGGAGGAAGGGUGUGAACACCAGAAGGAAGUUGUUUCCAGUCUCUGUUAAGAAACAGCAUCCCGCUGUUAUACCUGAAACGUGAGCCACGACGACAGGAGCAUAAAAACGUGAUUAACAGUUAUUUUAAAUGUCGAUAACACUGGAUUUUAAUAGUAAAUACACGCUGUAAAUAAACAACCAUUGAAUUUGGCUGGGAAACUGUGUUUUCUUUAUAAAGUACCGUCGACGCGUUGCUGAUUGUGAAAUGGUCCUCUGGGAGCAGCAUACUAUGACUGAUGUGAUUGACGUGCUGUGUAAUCGCCCUGCCUUCCUGAACAGACUGUAAUGGUGGGAGUGUCUGGCAUUGAGGCUCCCUUUGCCUGGAGCACAUUGCUACUCUUUGUAACUUUAAACUCAAUUUCCGCACAUAGUGCUUGUGUGCCCUGUUCACUUUUGUCGGGAUCUGAACAGCUAUCGGACACACUGUUUUUCGGCUGUCGGACACAAAUAAUUGGCUUCUUCUGAUUGCCCUGGUGAGUCGCAAAACAAAUGGGGCACCCGUGUCAUGCAGGGCUGGAAGAGCCUCAGCGAUUUCGCCUCCGCUAGGAUGUACUGGCGCACAAAGGUAAGAGCAUCCGCAGCACAUCAUUUUAAUAAACCUCUCAGUGAUCAUUUAAAAAACAUUUACUAGCCAUUGUUUUAUUGAUUUUUUUCUAAAUUGCUGAAACAAACAGGCUUUUGUAAUGUUGACUAAUGCCGAGUGACAGACAGGUGAUAGUCAUCUAAAAUGAACGAGACACUUCUUGCAAAUAGAUGUGUCAUUUAAGUUCUCCAUUCCCCAGCUCAGCCCAACAGGUUUACAUAUAUACACUAUGGGUGUUAUAUUCACAUGUGUGUCUUUGGUACUGGAAUAUAGCAUUUUGGGGGCCUUGCUGGGGCAGGAUCUGCCAACUAAUGCUGUGUGGUAAUAGGUACCUAUAGGUACAUACUCAGUGUGGUAUGUACCAGUACAGGUUUUACACGGAGACCAUAAAAACACAAAGUCACACAUUGAAAUCUUGGGCUGGGCAUUCAGCUUAAAAUCAGCAAGGUCCGCUUUCAUCAAGGGCACUAGAAUAGGCUGAUGGUUGUGCUCUUUGAUGGGACACCAGGUAGCGUCUCACUGAAUGUCUGAUUGAUCUCCCACUGGCCCAUAGCACCAUCACCAUGCUGAGCACAGACAGCUUUGGUACUGGCUUCUGAAGGUUAUUUCAUUUGAACGAUACUUAAGCUGGAAAACCUACAGAUGGGUGACAGGCUUUAACUGGCUAACCUGUAAAAUCUCCCAUCACACCUGGGCUGCCAGGCAGAAAAUGGUGGAAAAUCUGACAGUUUCUGUGUAAGUGAGAGUUAAAGGGCAAACUGAAUGGAGAAGGGCGCUUUGUAAGCAGCUGUGUGUGUCAAAUUUACAAAACUAAAGCUAGGCUGAGAUAUAAUGGGAAAGCCUCUUCCCAACAGACACUCCAUCUGUUCCUGUUUUCCAAACACAGACACAUUCAGUCUGUUCCUGUCUUCCAAACAGACACACACAGUCUGUUUCUGACUUCCAAACACAGGCACUCAGUCAGUUUUCCAAACACAGACACACCCUAUCUGUUCCUGUCUUCCAAACAUAGACACUCAGUGUUUUCCUCUCUUCCAAACACAGACACACUCGAUAUAUUCCUGACUGCCAAACACAGACACAUUUAAUCUGUUCCUGUCUUCCAGAAGGAUGCUGUGCAGGACCACAGACUGCCUCCAGACCCCUGGAAGCCUCACUCUUCUCGGCCUGCUCUGUAUCUGGCUUCUCCUUUUUCACCUCCGAACAGUGAACUGCUACUUCAUGGUUGAGUCCAAGGCUGAGUUCUUGCAGGGUUGUGGUGACUACUGGACCUCGCUGGAGCAGGUGCCGGCGCUCGUCCAGGUGACCGUGUGCAUGGAGGUGCGAGUUCUCUCCCCUGGCCCAUGGACAGCCUUUACCUAUAGCUCCCCAGACAGCCCACUCUAUGACCUAGCGCUGCGGGGCGAUGGACGUGGCCUGGAGGUGUGGCUGCUGGGAGUGAAGCACCGCUUCCCGGUGUCCCUGAAAUCCCACCUCUGGCACCACGUCUGCCUCCGGCGCGAUGGUCACACCUUACUCCUGGAGGUGGAUGAUUGGGCCGAAAAGCGCGCCGUCACUUCUCGGGCCAUUCCCCCCAGUGGGGAGCUGCUGCUGGGAUGCAAGGGGCACCGUGACUCUCAGGGGGGGGCGGGCCAGUUGGAGCUGUACCUCUUUCGCAUGUGGGAGGACAUGGCGGAGCACAGUGACUGCAAGGAUGGUGGAGUGGUGAGCUGGGACUCACGCAAGUGGGCUGUAGCAGGCACGGCAAAGGUCUGGGACAACAAGCUGCCCUGUGGUCUGAAACGAGCAAAGCGAGAAGAACCUUUACCCAUCGGCGCAUCUAAGAGUCCAGAUCCAACUGUCACGCCCACCCCUGUGCCAUUAUCCAAUCACAGUACAGCUGCAGCCACAACCACAAACUCUGCCCCCAUCAUUCUCAUGCCCCCCACUGGGCCUGCAAACAGCAGUAAGUCAGGGCCAGGUGCUAGCAACAAGGUGCUAGAGCCACAGGACGCAUAUAAGAAUCAGCUGGACCUGAACAUCAAUGCAUCCUACAGCUCAGUGCUUCAGCCCGUUCAGUGUAACUUCUCCCAGUUCUGCGCUGAUGACAGGGCAUAUUACUGGAUGCCUGUCUCUGUGAAUACCUCUAAUGGCAAAAUCAAUGAAUCAGAGAUCAGAAGCUGGCUGUCCGAGCUGUUUGCCAGUGUCCCCUGUGUGAGCCCCAGUCACGACGAACCCGAGGCCACUGACUCAGCACAUAAAUACACUGACGGUCUGUUCUCCACAAUAAGCAGCCCAUCAGAAAUCUGGACAGGCAGUAUCACGGCCAGCUACGGACCGUUAAGCCAGAGGAAGUCGGCCUGCAGGAAUGGAACAAUCAAUCAGUUGCAGGGCAUUAAUGUGACCUGUGAUGGGAAGAAUCAGACAAGGACAGGCCUCUGUAGUGUGCUGCUGCAGCUAAGCCAGCCUGUGGAUACCUGUCUGCUGAGCCAGGUGCUGCAGGAGGAUGGGGGCAAUGGCACCAUUCGUGCUUCCCUUCUCGGAGAGGUCGAAAGAGUGGGUAAAGGCCUUUGUCUUAUUGGGGACAUGCUGACCCCCAAUGGCAGAUUAGUGAAGUGCAUUUCACCUGCCCCCCUCUCUGAGGUCUGCUCAGCUGAAGGGCUCGACAACGUCACAUGCGAAGCUGUGGAGUUGUUGAGCGGCCCCGUCGAACCCCAGGACCCUGACAGCCAGUUCUGCAGCCCUUCUGGAGGGAUGCAGCAUGCCUGCGAUUGCUCUGCAUUUUGCGGUGACACAGCUGUGUACUACACCGUGGUGCUUAACAUCACCAGCCCGACCCUGAGCAUGGCGGACCUGCAGAACACGAUCUCUGAGCUGAGCUCACCCCCACCCUGCAAUACCUCUGAUGACAGCCAAGAGAAUCUCUGUGUGCUGAUGUCGCGAGUAUCACAGCUGUACCAGGGAACCCAUCUGGAGUGCCAUGGCAUGGACGUAAGGCUGUACAGCUGCAUGGUGAUGCUGAAGCUGGCCGGGCCUCCGGACGCCUGCUCUGUCAGUGCGGUCCUUUCCAGUCUGCUCCAGAAUGACAGUGCCAUCGCUUUCGAUGGCCUCGUCACACGCACAGCGAUCUGCGGCUGGCCGUCAGAAUCUGCCGCCGACCUGCUGGACUCCAGCUUCACCUGGGUCUCCACGGAUCUGAACGCUUCUCAGAUAUGCGGGGUGCGGGACCCCAUCAUUCUCACUUGCCAGGAUGGUGAAACCCUUAGUAUUCUUCUGAAUGAAAGCUGUACAGCUCUGCCCCUCCCUCCACCCAAAUCCAAAGAGAACAUCACCACAGCCAGCAGCCUCACACAGGGCAGCACAGUGGAGUCUCCCAGCAUCACAGCACAGAAUAUGACAACACCUUAUCCAGCCAACUCGAAACAUUUUAAAACUACAACAGCUCCACCCAAGUCAACCAUAAAACGUACCACAGCAUUGCAUAACACACCUCUUCAUCCUGAGAAUAAAACAGUUGUGUAUACUACAUAUCCCAGAAACACCAACAGCACUGAUCCUCCAGGCACAAGAAGAACCACAGUUCCAAAAGACCUGCCCACUGCCGUCACCACGACAACCACCAGCACAGUCAUGACAACAGGGAUUAACAUAGCCCUGCUGCUGAACGAGACCCAAGAUCCCCUCACUCUCAAUAUCUCCAUGGUGGAGAAGGUAGUGUCCCGCCUGGAGGAGGUGCUCUCCAGUCCAGACAUCAGCCUGUCCCUGGGUCACUCGGCAAUCGCCAUCAUCAGCAAUCUGCUCGGUGCUCCUGCUGCUGCUCUGGCAUCAUUCUCUACCAGGAUUAUCAGGAUUGUGGACAUUGUGGGCUUGAAGCUGGUGCUACCAGACACAACAGAAACCAUCUCUGCAGAUUCUCUUGCUCUGGCUGUGAGGAAAAUAGACGCCUCAAACUUCCAGCGGACAACAUUCUUCGUCUCUGAUUCUGGCAGCUUGCAAAUAAAUGUCAUCAACGAGCCCAAAGCCGCAAACACCUCUGCUUCCCUGGGCUCCAUCACACUUCCCUCCUCCCUGACUGAUGGACUGACCCCCGCAGAUAAACCACUGGCCUCCAGGAUCCAGUUCAACUACUACCUGAAUGGCACUCUAUUCCAGGACAGAAACCUUGGAAGCCAGAAGCUGAACAGCGGCGUUCUUGGCACCAGUGUGGGCAACCUGUCAAUCAAGGACCUCAAAGACAACGUGAUCUUCACCCUGAGAAAUGCACAGCCUCCCCAGAGCUCAUCAAAAGUCUCCUGCGUGUUCUGGGACUUUAACUUUAAUGGAGGAUCAGGGGGGUGGAACACAGCUGGCUGUUCUGUCCAGAAUGAAACAGAUGAGCGAACUGUCUGCAGCUGUAACCACCUGACCAGUUUUGCAGUGCUGUUGGACCUAUCCAGGGGUGGCAUCAGUGAUCGCCAACAGGACAUCAUCCUCACCUUCAUCACCUACAUCGGCUGCGGGGUCUCCGCCAUCUUCCUCUGUCUCACCUUGCUCACCUACCUGGGCUUUGAGAAACUCCGCAGGGACAUCCCCUCCAAGAUCCUGAUCCAGCUCUCCCUGGCCCUGCUGCUGCUUAACAUGGUCUUCCUGCUGGACUCCUGGCUGGCGCUAUAUCGUCAGGCCGUGGGCCUCUGCAUCUCCACCGCCUUCUUCCUGCACUACUUCCUGCUGGCCUCCUUCACCUGGAUGGGCCUGGAGGCUUUCCACAUGUACCUAGCACUGGUCAAGGUCUUCAACAGCUAUGUGAGCAGAUACAUGCUCAAAUUCUCUCUGAUUGGCUGGGGGGUUCCGCUGGUCGUGGUCAUCAUCGUUAUUGCCAUCAACAAGGACAACUACGGCCUGAUUGCCUACGGGAAGUACGCAGACGGAUCCACGGAUGACUUCUGCUGGCUGAAAAAUGACAUCGCCUUCUACGUGGCUGUGGUUGGCUACUUCUGCCUGGUGUUCCUGCUCAACUUGGUCAUGUUCGUGGUGGUCCUGGUGCAGCUGCAUCGGGUCAGGCAGCAGAACCCCCACAACGUGCAGCAGAGGAAUGUGCUGCAGGAGCUCCGCAGUGUGGCUGGCCUCACCGUCCUGCUGGGGCUCACCUGGGGAUUCGCCUUCUUUGCCUGGGGGCCCGUCAACCUACCCUUCAUGUACCUGUUUGCCAUUUUCAACACUCUGCAAGGCUUCUUCAUCUUCAUCUUUCACUGUGCCGUCAAGGAGAAUGUCCGGCAGCAGUGGAGGACCUACUUGUGCUGUGGAAGACUCCGUCUGGCAGAAAACUCAGACUGGAGCCGGACAGCCACCCAAAGCACCACCUUGAGGCACCACUCUGUCAUUACCAUGCCUUCCAUCCAUUCUGGCAACACGUUCAGCACCUCCCUGCCAGCCAGCGAGGCCGGCAGUACUAGGCGCAGCAAUGGGGGGUCACCUCUCCCCCUCAAUUACUGCGCGUGAGUGUCGAGCUCCACCUCGGCAUUGGUGCUUGUGAACGAGAGCGUGCCAGGUUGGGGCACUAGUGACCUGCAUGAACAUGUUCCCAGGCUGAGGGCAGUGUGAUGACAUUCCUGGAGCAAUGAAUUUUGGAGUAUGGUCAAUUACCUAAGAUAUGGCUAAUCGUCUGGGAUACGGCUACUUACCAGACAUUGAAAGUAACCUCAGAAUUUACCAAAUGUGUAACCAAGUCAUGGAGCAUUGCACUCCAGUCCAAGCAGUAUUAAAAAGUCUCACUAUGGCAAGAAGAAACUUCCAUUCAACGCUUUCAAAGCAAAGGUACAAGACUACAAAGUGGUGCAAGGCAUUCUGGGAAGGAGCAGAGCCUGUCCAUGAAGCAGCACCUGUAUGGGCACCCAACAGGCACUGACAGACACUUUUUGCUGACAUGGUUCUCCUUAAAGAUGCCCCCUAUUGGCCAGACCACCACUUCUACACAGGAGUACUGGCCCUCAUCACUGAGCCUGAACCUAAUGUUUUAGGUUGUACUUAUGAAGUUGUUUUUGUAGAAACGUGAGCUGCACAUAAGUCAACCAGCUGUUACAGCUUUUAUUGUUCUUUGUAGAAGAUUUAAUUUAAUUCCACAUAUAUAAGAAAAUAAAAUUAUAAUAAUGUUAAA